UUAUCAUAUGCGGCAGAUCGCCAGCGGCAAGCGGACAGGAUACCUUUGUUAACUUAAUGCUGCGUUUGCAACGCGCUCUACCAUAGCGGCUGUGAACUAAAUUUAUUUAAGCGGCGCUGUCUCUCGGGUCGGGCUUGUCUUGUGAGUUCAGUGCGUGAAUAAUAAAGUUUUUAAAAAGACUAUUAGUUAUUUGUAAAAAUGGCGACAGAGGUAACGAAUAAUGCACCAGUUAUAACUGAAAAAGAGAAAGAACUGAAAGAAGAUGCCGCCGUAGAUAAUGGUCAAACUAAAGAAGAGGCGCCGGCUGUGGCAGAGAAAGUAGAAGAAAAGGCUGAAGAGAAAAAACCUGAACCGGCACCACCAAAACCUACAGUGCACAAAGUUAAUUUCGAAAAAGAUAUCGUAUAUUUGUAUCAGUUUUCGCGAACACCGGUGUUGCCGUCGACGUCCCCGUACUGCUUGAAGGUAGAAACAUGGCUGCGUUUGGCUGGUGUAAAGUACGAGAACGUGGAUCACAAGGCGAAAUUCCGUUCCAAAAAGGGGCAACUGCCGUUCGUGGAGUUGAAUGGUGAAGAGAUUGCCGACAGCACUUUCAUCAUCAAAGAUCUUUCUGAGAAAUUCAACAAGGAUCUCGAUGCGGCGCUGACGCCGGAGCAGCGGGUGCUGUCGCACGCCAUGAUCUCCAUGAUCGAGAACCACCUGUCGUGGGUGCUGCUGUGGUGGCGCGCCAAGUACCCCGACAGUGUCAUCAAGGGCUACCAGAUCAACCUGCAGAAUGCGCUCAACACCCGCCUGCCGAACCCCAUCCUUAACUUCUGCUACAAACUCACGUCUGGCCGCAAGGGUAUGAAAAAGGCGAAGGCCCACGGCAUCGGCGUACACAGCCAGGAGGAGAUCAUCGAGUUUGGCAAGAACGACCUGCGCGUUCUCUCCGACCUUCUGUCCGACAGGCCCUUCUUCUUCGGCGACGAACCCACCCUGCUGGACGUCGUCGCGUUCUCCAACCUCGCUCAACUGAACUUCAUCGACAAAGAGGUCGCCCACCCGCUGCGCGACGCGAUGAACGACAGCUUCCCGAACCUCGUGGGGCUCGUGUCGCGCAUCAAGGAGCGCGCGUUCCACGACUGGGACGACAUCUGCACCACGCUCGACCUCAACGCGCACCUACCCAAGCCCGUCAAGGACACUAAGGAGACCAAGGAGGGCACCGGACCUGCCGAGAAACAGCCGCUCCCAGAUGAACCUGAAAAGGGCAAGGGCGACGAAAAGGAGAAGGAGCUCGAGAAGGAGCCCGAAGAGAAGAAGGAGAAGGAACCGGAAGAUAAAUAAAUGGCGACCACACCAGUUGAAUAUACACUAGAGUCAGACUCAGCAUACAUCCUGUAUAUUGUAAGCGUGUAAAUCCAUUUGUCUUUCCCGUUUUUUCGUUGACGAGGACGCCCGUGCGCCGAUCGAUAUAGUGUGCUUUUAAUGUUUCAUUGACAUUAUGUGUUCGCUCGAUGUCGUGUCGUGUAGGUAAUCUGAAACAUAAAUGAUCUGUCCUGUCCAAGAUAUUAAACGCUCUUUUUAUUGUGACUGACAUCUUUUGUAAUUAUUAUUAAAUUGUAUUUCUAUUAGUUUCAUAAUUAUGCCAAUAGGAAAUUGGCUAAAGUAAGCUCUAAGAUGUAAUAUUGAUAUGAUUGUUUAGGUACUUACAGGAUUAGAUAAUCUUUUUAUUCAGAUAAAUUAUCUAUGUAAUCAGGGUUACGUACGUAAAUAAUAUUAAUACUCAUACUCCAUGAAAUGUUAUAAGGAUCCAAGAAACCGUCAAGUAAUUGAUCUGUAAUAAAGUUUGAUAGGGUUUUCGAGGAAAUCUGUCGCCCUUGCCGGCGCCGCGCGCUCCGGCCCUCGUUUCGUAGUGUCCGUCUAGUUGUAGCACAAACAAUACUCAAGCCACCUACUUAUCGACACACCUAUUUCCUUUCCAUUUAAUUCAUUAUGCAUUUCAAAUAUUUUAAAUAAGCUACAAAGUUUAGUCUAGAAAUAUUGAUACCAAAAAUUGGCUGAUGUUUAGUAGUUAAUUGGGUAGUGUUAUCAAAUUAUAAAGUUCGGCUCGUCGAUUAGAAAUGAAAUGAGCUGGUAAAUAAUUAGACUGUUUUGAGAUUCUUGUACUUUAUCAGUUUUUACAAAUAAAAAUUUACAAUUUACAAAUUUUUGAUAAACGAAAAAGCCUGGAAGACUGUUUUUCAUGUUAUUAUGUAAUUCAUAGUCCAUAAAGUUUUUGAUAUUGUAUUAAUUGUUAAGGUUAAGAACGAAUCUGUACUCAAAUUUUAAUAUUUACGAAUUAGAAUCCCUUGUUUGAUAAGAGUAAUUUGUUAAGCGCACGAGUCGGCCGUGUGGUAUGCGUACGGGGCGCGAGGCCGGCUCUUGCACCACAUUCCACCGCAUUCGUUUCGACGCAUGACACAGAGAUGCUGCCUAUCAGCUCCUAAAAUGGCCCAUUUGUUUCGCACAUUACUUAGGUACUUAUUUCCAAGGUUUCGUUAUUGUAGUAACCACUGAAACAGGCUUAUGAUCACGUUUCUUACUGCCUCCAGAAUGACGGCUUCAUGUGUGGAAUACAUGCUAGCACGAUUAAUCGCCCUGCAUGUUCUUGGAUAUGAAACAUUUUAAACAUGUCAUCUGGUUGCAAAAUAAUACCGGGCUGAUAGUAAUUGUUGGAACUUGUGGGCUUUUAGUCGUAGUAGGAUGUUAUAACACUCGGCAUGAAUAUUUUUUUGCUGUCAAUCUCUGUAGUCUCAGUACUACAUUACUCAUGUUAGUAUAAUAAAUGAUACUUGUAAGUCUGUAGUAGGUCUGAAGAUAUUACAUAUAUCACUUAUAGAUAAAGAUAGGAUUAUAAUUAUUAAAUAAGCAUAACCAAAUACGGUUUACGGUAGAUUAGAAGGGAAGAGCGAGUUGAUGAAAAAUGAAAAACUUCGUUGGAUCACUCGUGAAUUCGAUAAUAGGUAACUCUGUAUACAAUAAGGUCAAAAUUUUAUUUGACGUAAUAUUUUGAUUUUACAAUUUUUGGGGAAUGGUUGACUACGUCCCUCCCGACAACUGCUGACCAUCACUGCCAUUAGUCUCACAAUAAAUAUAAGGAUUAAUAUAAGAAGAUUUAAUGGUUUAGGAAACGAUUGUUAUUCAUAAGCUAUAUACUCGUUUGAAGAGUUUUUUGAUCUAACGCAUCCCGAAUAAAUUAUCAAAAAAUAAUAACAAACCAGUUAAAAUAAAAAAAUGUAGAAGCUAGUGAGGCUUGUCUAAACGAGUCAAUAGUAGAGCCUGUUUCAGUGUGACACAAGAACUGGAAAGAGGUACGCACGAUGCUGUAACUUAUGCCCACAUCACUGCACACCCUCAGAUCAUCGCGCGUCCAAUAUGGGGCGAGUCUAGCUGGGCCGCUGACAUUAGUGGGGUGAGCGUCGCGUCGCGAGACCACGCGCGGGCUGUCUAUUUUAAAUAUAACGAGAGAUUUUACUCAACAUCACUUUUGAGUGGAAUUGCCCUAUAUCUAGCUAGUUUUAGGUGUCAGGAAGCAACUUUACGAAUGAACUAGAGAACUGUAAACGCGAGAUUAUGGUCGAUUUCGAGGUAGGUACCUAUAAAAUGAUAAUUUUAUCGAACAUGACAUACUUUGACUUUUAUUUGUGUUGUUGUAAGUUAGUACUAUUAUUACAAAGUAAUUAUAAUUACCAUACAAUAGUGAUAAGACUUUCAAGUAUGUUUAUAUUAUUAUAGAAUGUAGCAGACAAUUUUGAACAAUGAGUUGUAAUAUUCAUAUAGUUGUUUUUAAUUCAUAUAAUCAUUCUUAAUUCACUUAGUAAUUGUGGUUUUCAAUUAUCGUGUCAAUAUUCUAAUAUUAAGUAAUAUUCAGCUAGUUUAUAAUGGUUCGCCAUAAAUGUGCCGACUAAGUAAUACAUACACAACUGAGCUUUCAGUGGACACAAUGUUCUCAUUAGGAUUUCAGUGUUAUAUAUUCUGUCGCCAUUAAAGUAUAUAUCUACCAAA